AUUCCAGUUUUUUUUUCUAAUGGGUAGUGUUCUGGAGAGUAGUGAAUUUAUAAGAAUUGUGAUUAAACUAGUUUGUGUUUUAAAGAAAAUAAGUUUGUGUUGAUAAAGUUAUGUAGUUAAGCUUUGGAAUUACUAGAAUACGUAGCGUAGCAAGUGUUGCUAUUGAAACGAGUUAAUAACGCUGUUAAGUGUCGUGGCUAUGACAAGAGAACCAGAAAUUCUAAAAGCUUCCUUAUCGUUGGAUGUGGUGUGCUAUUUCUAAAUUAUUCUCAAAGACUAAUUGUAAUCAAAAGCCAGACUCGCUUGCCGAUGACUGUAAUAUGGAUCGAACUGAGAGCAGAAGUCGGAUUGUUGGUCAAGAAGGGGAUGUUGACUCAUAUGACACACGACAGGCUAAGCAGAGGGCAUCAGUGAAAUGGUUGCUGUCAAAGGCCUACAACAACAAGGUGCCAGACAACCUUAAAGAGCCUUUCUACCGAGAUCAUGAGGAUCAAGAACACCUGAAGCCCCAGAUUGUCCAUUCUCUGGCGAACGCCGAGCUGUACUGUCUGGGGCUGGCCAACAUAUACUCGGACCCCAACUACCACAACUUGAACCACUGGGGCAUCAUCCAGGCGCUGGUCAGGAAAGGGGUGACCGUGGUCGAGCCCUCGGACGCCCAGCUGACGGAGACUGUGCUCAUCCAGACCAACCCCAUCAAGUUGAGUGCCCACAUGGCGGUGAUAGACGCGAUGAUGGUGCUGUACGCCAAGGAGGUGGUGACGCCGGACCGGGUGGUGGCUGCCAUCCAGAGGUUCAACUCGGGAGUGCCGGUGCCAGACAGGCUGCCUGCCGACCACGAGGACGCUCUCCUGCUGUGGCUGAACAGCGCGUGCGCCGCGCUCUGGCGCAGCGUGGAGCAGAGCGAGGGAGACAGGAAGCCACCGCUCUUCCCAGCCAUACAGGACCUAAGGAAGCUGAGUGACGGAGUCGGUCUAGCCACUCUCAUAUCCUUCUACUGUCCCGAGGAGCUGCCCUGGUCGGACAUCGCGAUCGACGUCGGCCGCGCCUCCCAAGCCGUCCAGAACUUGGUUACCGUCAGCGAGUUUUGCAGCAGGUGUUUGCCGGCGUCUGUGUUCCACAUGAUGCCGGAAGACGUUACGUACCUCCACGGGUGCAUGAAGCCAAAUCUCACAGUCUUCCUGGCAGACCUCUUCAAUGUGCUGGAAAUCCAUCCCGUGAAGUGCGUGCGGUACCCUGGGACCGAGCGCGCUUCGUAUCUGCGGGAAGCGUACCCCAGGAAUAGCCAGGGGGUAGCGCACAAGCGUAGCUUCCCACAGUCGAUAUCUGCGAUCCCAGACCUGCGCAGUAGCCUGGACGAUCACGCUGGCAACUUCACAGUUUCAAAGUCCGCGCCGAGCUUUCAAACUUCUCUUCCCCUCAAGAAGUCCCAUUCGUUACAGCAAGCAGAUGCAGUGAACCGAAUUGGGGCAGAUUCUGGAGACCGAGAUGACAGGCACAACCCCCCGGGGGAGGAGCAGUUCGUGGUGCACCGCGGCCGCGGGGUGCCCACGCUGAGCUCCGUCGCGGCCCGCGGGGGGGACGACUCCCCCUCGCGGCCGGCCAGGGACCGGCAGGGGGUACCCGUACCCGAGGCGAAGGAGGGCAAGGGCCAGUCCGUCGCCGCCGGCCGCCCCAGCAACUGGGAGGACCAGCGGCGGAGCUCGUACGCAGGCCGCCGCUCCCGCAGGAACUCCAUCACCGACGAUUCCCAGUUGACGUUGGAGAACUUCGGUGGGUCCCAAGAGAACCUGCAUUUUCUGGGUCGGAACCCCGACAAGGAGCCUGCCGUGCACGUGGCCCAGCGGCUGCCCCAAGAAAACAACGUCCCCGUCCGGACGAGCGCGCAGGAGACCCGGGGCAGCGGAGUGGAGCUCAUAUUCAACGACAACGGGUACUCCAGAGAGAAGCAGGACGCGGACAGGCCGGAGCAGCAGCCGGCCUCGGUCUCGCUGAAGGACAUGCUGUCGCGUCCCAGGGAGGAACCGGGGGACGCAGCGAGCCUGCUGGAGCUGUCGAGGGUCCGCAGCGCGGGCGACCUCUCGUCCAAGGGCAUCCAGCAGGCGCUGUACAUGCAGCAGGACCUGGAGCCGGAGGACGGCAGCCCCGCCAAGAACAGCAGCAUCCUCAACAGGAAAGGAAUCACCGCAAACGGGACUGGCGAGAAGAAGACCUCAUUCGCAGCCCUCCCGAACAACACCACCACCUGGCAGCAGCAGAGCUCCGGGCUUCUGCACCAGGCCGAAGUCACCUCUGGAGACGAUGGGGACGCGAGCGGCCAGGUGAUGGCCUCCCAGCUGCACAACAUCCGCAUGAAGCUGGAGGAGAAGCGACGGCGCAUCGAGAGCGAGAAGCGGCGGAUGGAGGUCGUGAUGAGCAAGCAGAGGCAGAAGGUUGGCAAGGCUGCGUUCCUGCAGGCCGUCACCAAGGGCAAAGGUAGCUUUGCAAAGUCCCCAGAGUUGGACUCUAGCAAGGAUUCAAACGGAGACGUGCCGGAUUCUGUGGCUAAGCCACAGCGGCCGUUCUCGCUGCAGGAGAUAAACGAAAAUGUGUCGACAGUGGAGCACAAGUGGCUCGACAGUGGUGUUCCAUUCAUCGAAGAGAGGAAAACCCCAGACAUUGAGAACAUGAAUUUGGAGCAGUACCAGCAGUCCUUAGCCCAGAUGAAUUCCAGCCUGCAUGAGAUCCAGAGCGACAUCCAGCGGUUGGCGAGCCAGCAGCACCAGAUACAGGAUAUCAACUACUACAGCCAUCAGCAGCAUCAACAGCUUCAGCAGCAACAGCAGCAACAGCAGCAGCAGCAUAUGCUGCAGCAGUUGGCAGCCCAGCAGCAACAGAUGCACAACUUUGCCUUUCAACACCAACAGCAGCAGCAAGGUCUUCCACACAUGGACAGCCCCCAACAGUUCUACCUUCACGAGCAGCAGAGUCAUCGUCGCACGUGGUCCCAACAGCCUCCACCUCCGCCGCUCGACUUGUACCAGCCACAUGAAUCUCGCCCGAUGUGGGGUGAUGCACCAAGGCAUCACACAAUGUCGCCCAAGCCCCAGUUCUCGUCGUACAACUGCCAGCCGCAAGGGGGGUUCAUCCUGCGCGACGGCAAGCCGGCGGACAGCAGCUACCUGGAGGGAGGCGGGGCGGACGCGAGGUACCACAAUGGGGACCACCGCAGCCUGGGGGCCAGCCACGGGGGCUACGCCGUCGCCCCCCAGCCGCAGCACGCGUCAUUCCAGCCGCGCGCGGAGCUCUCCCCGCGGCCGCUCGCCACCCCGCCCCCCGCGUCCCCCCAGCACCGCCCGCAGGGUCCCGGCCGGCUGGCGGCGGCGGCGCCCGGCCCGGGCGACGGCCCGGUUCCCGUCCCCACGCCCUCCGUCGACGACAUGGAGCCCCAGAGCAUCUCCUUCAUCGGAAUGCCAGAUGAUCCCAGCAACACCAUAAGUCAAGGAUUAAAAGGUCUACACAUUUCAUCCGGCAGCCGUACAUACCGUAUCCCUUCACCAACGCGGCCAGCGAUUUCCCGCAAUUCGUUUCAACAACAGGACCUGCCUGAGGCACCCUCAUACGCCGAUCAGUUGAGUGACGAGGCAGCAGAAAAAGGCUUCUACAUCUCCUUUGAUAAUGAUAACCCACCAAAACGACCGAAGCCACCGCUGAGAGUGAAGAGGUCUUCGCCUAAGAAAGAAAGGGCUUUGUCGCAGUACGAUGUGUCUGGAACGUUUGAGAGGGAAGAGUUCGUGCCCCAACACCCCGCGCGCCUCGAGCCUCCGCCCCCACGAGAGGCGGCCAGGACGAAGGAGCCGCCGAAGAAGCCAGAUGGGGAGGGUGCUCCCGGUGGGGUUGGCCUGGUCAUCGGCCCCGAACUGCUCAAUCCUGAUCCGAACGCGCUGGACGAGAUGGAGCGGAAGAAGGAGCGCAUCAUGCUGCUGUCGCUGCAGCGUCGCCAGCAGCAGGAGGAGCAGAAACAGUUGAAGGAGCACGAGGCGCAGCGACGGCGGGAGAUGGAGAAACUGAAACAGGAGGAGCGCGAGCGGAAGAAGGAAGAGGAGCGGUUGCGUCGCAACGCCAUCCUGGAGCAGUACAAGCUCAAGAAGGCCAUGGAGGAAGCAGAGAGGGAGGGUAAGCUACUGCCCGACAAGUCGGACCACUUGGGGGCCAAGCCAGUUCCUAAGAUGAGGAGUAAGACGUCAGCAGGACGGCCCAGGCCGAAAACCAUCCACGUUGACAGCGGUGGUGUCGAUAUGACCGAUGACAUUCUCAGUCCUAGUCGCAGUAAAAAAGGAUCCACAUCGAAUUUGACAGACCGAGAUUUUAGUUCACCAUUACGACGGGAUUUUUACCGUGGCUCACAGGAUAGUUUGGCUGACAGAAUGGACGAACGUCGAGGCUUGGGUGCCUCUUUGUUUAGAGGUUCGCCGGAUGAUGGGCGGGGAGCAUCUCCUUGUAGAAGUGUUAAUCAGUUGGGCAGGCGAGGUUCAUACAAGACUUCUCGAGAUACGUCGGAACCUGGCCGCAUUAGGGGCCGUCCAAAAUAUCCCACAUAUCAGGGAAACUUUAGGGGAAGAAAAUCAAACUCGCUCAUGAACCUCUCCGGUUCCAGCACGGACCAGGACAGCCUGGCGUACCGCCACACGGACACGGACUCCGGGCUGGGCCGCGCCACUCCGCCGCGCCGGGCGCCGUCCCCGGGCAUGGGCAGCAUGCGGCACCUGCCCUCGCCCUCAGGCCCAGGUUCGUUGCCACCUGGUCUCAUGACGAAGCGCCGAGCGUUCGACGAUGGCUCCAGUGACAUAAGCUCCACGCCCAGCUCCAUGCUGGAGUACACAGGCCCGCGGCUGUACAAGCAGCCGGCCACCAAGUCGAACCGCGGCAUCAUGCUGAACGCGGUGGAGUACUGCGUGUUCCCCGGCGUCGUCAACAAGGAGGCCAAGCAGCGGGUGCGGGAGGAGAUCGCCCGGUCGGAGAGCAAGCACUUCCUCAUCCUGUUCCGGGACACGGGCUUCCAGUUCCGGGCGCUCUACUCCUACUGCCCCGAGCGCGAGGACAUCACCAAGCUGUUCGGCACCGGGCCCAAGCAGGUCAACGACCGCAUGUUCGACAAGUUCUUCAAAUACAACUCCGGUGGUAAAUGUUUUUCCCAAGUGCACACGAAGCACUUGACCGUCACCAUUGAUGCCUUCACCAUCCACAACAGCCUGUGGCAGGGCAAGAAGGUGUCGCUACCGAACAAGAAGGACAUGGCACUCGUCAUUUAGUUUGUAGUUCAGCCCCCUAUCAUUACCCGACUGAAUCAAAAUGUAAACUAAGCCUUUUGAGAAGUCGCAAAACCAUAAGCAAGCUAAGUGUCUGGCAAAGAUAUUGCCUUGUGUAGUGUAUCCUGCGAGACUGUGUGAAUCUUGUAAAUCUUUUUUUUUUUUUUUUUUUUUUAUCAGUUGUGUAAUUGCUAUAGUUUAUAAAGUGUGUGUGUGUGUGUGUGUUGUAAUGCUGCAUAAUUGACAUAAUUAGUUAUGUAAAAUAUUGUAACAUUCCAUGUAUUUUCUUAAUAUGAGAUUUUUUGAUAUAAAUUUUCUUGGUAUUACUUUGUUUCAAUUACUGUGCUGUUUCAAUAAUUGUAAAGGUACUAAUUUUUUGGUUUAUAAAAUAUGUAUUUCCUUAACUUAAAAAAAAAAAAUAAUUCAGUUGAUGCCAUUUGCAUUUAACUUGUAGCAGAAGUUACUAGCAAUCUAGCAUGUUAAAAGAGAUUUGUUUGUGUGUAUAUAAGGCCACAUCAGAAAAUUCACUCUUGGUUAAAUUGCAUUGUGAAGAUUUCCCGGUGGCAAAUAACUUAAUUUUACAGCAGUGUUGUUAUUAAAUUUAAAAUAAGUUAACUAUUAAGUAAAUCAUGCAUCCUAAAUAUAGACUAGAUAUUUGAUCAUGUUGUGUGAGUCGUAGCAUUUUAUAUCUGAUCCUUGUAAUAAUAUAAUAUGAAUAUUUAUCACUUGUGUGUUCCUGACAUGGUAUGUUAAAUUAACGUCAAGAUAAUUAUGGUUGUGUCUUUUCAUUGAUUGUGUGUUAAUUUUUUUUUUUAAUUGUUGCUGCAUGCUCAUUCUUUUUGCCAGCAAUAUUAAAUAUUUUAGGUUGUGUAGCAUUUCAAUUAAAUCUUAAAACAUUGAAUCAGUUUGCAAUUUUUCAAAUAAAUUUGACAGGAAUCUCCAUCUGUGCUUAGUCAGGAUGGAUUUUAUCGUAACCUACAUCACUAAAAUAACAUUCUAUCACUGUAAUGUUUUUCCUUGUGCCACUGGCUUCCCUGAUACUCCGUCAGGCAGUGACACGCAUCGGCCAGGCAGCAGUGUAUGUGUACCUCUUGUUCAUCCAUCUCGAAUGACCUGACAAGCUGUGGAUUUUGCACAGGCUGAGGUAAUUGCAUUUAACUCAAAUUCCACUCAUUAAUGCAUCAGUGUGGUUUUUUUUAUUAUUGUCAUUUUUUUCCUUCACAUUCCUGUACGUUUAAAACAAAAUUUUUCUGAUCCCUUGAAAGCCUUCCACCACUAAUAUUUAGAUCAUUACCAAAAAAAACCUCCACCAACUUCUCAAACACAUUUUUAUUAGUUUAUAUUAUAUCCUGUGACAGUCUUCUAAGUAAAUACACAUCUCUUAAGAUACCAGUUAUCAAAUAAUAUUUAACGGAAAAACUGAAUUGUAACUUGUUUACUGAGAUGUCAAGAAAAGUGUCAUGAAAGUAGUAGUGCUGUCAACCACAACUGUUUUACUGCCUUGAAUACCAUUAUCAUUUCGGCUACACAUGACCUAAAUCAAUGCUGUAUCAGAGAGAAUAUAAACAAAAUAAAAUGGAAAAUUGCUGAAGAAACACAAUAAAUUCUCUUUUAAACAAAAAAUUUUCAAUACUGUACCAUUCCUUUAAAACGAAUCUAAUGCUUUGCCUUGCAACUUUCCACAACCACAUACUUUCUUCCUGCAGCAAGAUUUCUUAUUCCUUCAGAUUGUUUAAUCAUUUAAGUUUUACAAAAACCAUAAAUGAUCACAACUGUAAACUUUUAGCAAUCAUUGCAACAUCUUUUUUUACAGAUACAAACUCACAAUUCACGUGCAACAUGUCCAUCAUGUGAUAGGCAGGUUGUGAGAAAAAACAAUGUACGUAAAAAAAAAAUCUCCUGGCGGGUCACUGGUGGAAACCCAUUGCUCUAAAUAAUUUUAAAAAAAAACUUUCUCAGUCUGGCUAUAAAUAUGACUAGUAAACAGCCUAAAAAAAAACUGAAAUAAUACAUAAAUUCAACAUGGAGCACAAAAUUAAAUUUAAUUGACCCAAAAAAAUUAGAUUUGGUGAAUAAGUGAUAACUGUUUGCAUAAAUUAUCUAGUCUUUCAUCAUGUUGCACCAAAUGAAAGCACCUUUAAAAAUUAUGCAGUAAUGUUCCUGAUUGAUUCUGAUGAAAUGGCAAUAAAGAAAAGUAGCAACAUGAAUGACACAAUGGCAUUUUAUAUUAUACUAUAAAAAAAUUCUUCAGGCUAAAACUUUGGUACCCCAACACAAAACAUGAAGAGGAUCAAAUACAUACAAUAUAUAUGUUGGUCCCAUUUAAUGUAGAAAAUAAAUAAAAAACUAUUUUUAACAUGCCAAAUUUUUACAUAGUAACUGCUUCUGUUGAGUGUGAUUUGUAAUGUAGAAUUUUGUUUGUAUGUGCAGUUAAUAAUGUGGAAUUAGUAAUUUUGUAAAUGUGGAAUUCUGAUAUUGAACUUAAAAUAACCAAUCCUUUUGUUAUGAAACAAAUUCUGUUGUGUUUAAAAUACAUUUAAUUCAUAAAAUGCUCUUCAUUGAUGUGUAUUUAUUGUGGUUAUUUUGAGGGAAGUACAUUUUUUUUAAUCUUCAAAAAGUAAAUUGGUAUGCUUGAAUCUGUGAUGUGUGAUAAUAGGAUCUUUGUUUUUUUCUGUACUUUAUUCUUUCUGCUCAAUCUCUUCGUUUAACUUGAAGUUUUAUUAUUAUUAAAAAUCUGAGGUUGUAUUAAUGGUGAAUGUUGAUACUGUGCCAUGUUUGUCAAGCUUAUCAUACAGUUAAUCUUUGUCAGCUUAGCCUUGCAAUGUGGUUGUGACAGAUCAACUGAAAAUGUUGCAUAACUGGAAAGUAAUUGAAUUAAUGGUUUUGCUGCUAUAUUAAUUCCAACAUGAUUCACAUGCUAGAAUCAACUCAGUCAUAACAAUAGUUUAAUAUAACUAAAUUUGUUCAUGUUUGUGAACCCUUUCACGAAUUGUAACCAAGAAUAACAUACACUUAGUUAUGCUGUGAACCAGCAUUAAGGCUGCCUUUUAGGCUGUUAUUCUCAUUGUUUGUGUCAUGUUAAUAGGUGCUGAAUAUACAUAUAUAUUUUGUCAUUGUGAAGAGAUGUCGCUGUGAAAGAACUGGAAGAUGUGUGUGCUUACUAAUCUGUACAUUUCUUUAGUUGUUUUUGUUUUUUUUACAAGACUUGCUAAUUUUUAUCAUCUGUAAAUAUUAUGUUUUUAUAUAUAUAUAAAUAUUUAUUGAUUACUAUCGGGUCAUUAAUUGUUAGUGUCAGAUCAAUAAACAAAUUUAUCUCGUAA